ACGAUGAUUAUUUUUGGCAAAAAUGUCAAACGAAAUUGUACUUUUCCACUCGAAAAUACGCGAAUAGUUUAAAAUAAACUUAUUUUUGUGAUUUAUCGAACAAAGAAUACUGGAUGAAUUCGUUUCAAUUACAUACUAUUUAUAUAUAAACCUAUUCAGUUUUGUUAAAAUUUCGUACUUUCGUACAAUCCAAAACAUAACCUCAAAAUCUCUGAAACGAAAAUAAACAAACUUCGAAAUGGCUACAAAAUUCGAUGUAGCUGCGUAUAAUUUCCGGAAGAAAUGUCCGUUUGUAGCCAAGGAUCUUCUCCGCUGGUUUCCCGGUCACAUGAACAAAGGUUUGAAGCAAAUGCAACGUAAAUUGAAGAGCGUUGACUGUGUAAUCGAAGUCCAUGACGCAAGAAUUCCAUUUACGGGUCGCAAUCCUAUAUUUACCAACACGUUAAUAGGAGCUAAACCUCACAUACUAGUACUAAAUAAGAAAGAUUUAACAGUUCCUUCGUUAAUACCGAAGAUAGUGGAUAAAUUAAAGGCUGAACAGAAUGUGCAGAAUAUAAUGUUUACGAAUAGUAAGGACCAGCAUUGCAAAGGAUUGAAGAAAUUAAAACCUCUGAUGGUUGACUUGAUAAAGUCGUCAAACAGGUAUAAUAGGAGUGAGGAAUUAGACUACAAUGUGAUGAUCAUGGGAGUGCCAAAUGUGGGGAAGUCUUCUUUGAUAAACAUGCUGAGAUCAAAGAACAUGAGCAUCAGACAUGCUCUGCCUGUGGGCGCUGUGGCGGGCGUCACAAGGAGUGUCAUGACUAAGAUCAGAAUAAACAAUGAUCCUGUUAUAUUCAUGUUGGAUACUCCAGGUAUCCUAGAACCAUCAGUAACAGACGUAGAAAUGGGGUUGAAGCUGGCUCUCUGUGCCUCUCUGCAAGAUCACCUGGUAGGUGAGGAAAUCAUUGCCGAUUACCUGCUAUACUGGCUGAACAGCCACGGACAGUUCCAGUAUGUGGACUAUAUGGGUCUGGAGGAGCCUUCUGAUGACAUUAAUAAGGUGUUGAUCUCAGGUGCAAUAAAAUAUAAUAGAAUCCGUAGGACACGGGACUUUGACGGUCGAGUCCGAGAUGUGCCAGACCUGCUAGAAGUUUCACGGACUAUGAUCAAAGCAUUCCGCACAGGGGAGCUUGGCAAGAUCCUGCUAGACAUAGACCUACUUAACGAAAGACAUGUUGGACUAGAUAGAACAUUAGCGUGACCUAAAUGUUCAAGGUAGACAAUGCUAGA